AUGUCGGAAAAGCCUGAUGACAAAAUGGUGAAAUUCCUGGCUCCCCCUCCGAAGAGUGGAAAUGGUCCGAGCUCUGGGUCGGACUCGAUGGUUAAUGAAUCCCGUCCAACUGAAGUGAGGCGGCGGCAUCACACCAUGGAGCGUGACCGCUGCAACUCCGAACACCGAUUCUUGCGCCGCAGUGUCAUCAGCGACUCCAAUGCCACGGCUUUGGCCCUCCCUUUGCCCAGCAGGAUACCAAUACCUGCCGUUCAAAGGAACCCACCGCGAGAGGUCCCGGCGCUGCGCCAACAGGCCGCCGUUCACCGCACUUCGCAGGUCGAACCAAGCGUGCCUCGAAAAGCGGAGUCUGCCGAGACUCUGGAAAGCGGAGAGCCAAAAGACACGGAAAUUGCCAAGGUGAACGCCGUGCCUACCAAACAGGCGUCGACCAUUAUACAGGAUGUCUGUGAUGCGGAAUCAGUGGCGGAAACCCAGUCGUCGCCGGAAUUGAGGCAAAGCGAGCCGGAUAACUCCGCUUACACAAAGGUAUCGCAAGAAGGUGACGGUGAGGAUGAAGAAAAGGAUGCUGCCAAGGCUCGUGCAGAGGCUGAACAGAGGGAAGCGGAAAAGAAAGUGCAGGAGGACAUCGAAGAGGCUGAGACCAAAGCGGUGGGAACAUCACCAGAUGGGCGCUUCCUGAAGUUUGACAUCGAAAUUGGACGUGGCUCUUUCAAGACCGUCUACAAGGGCUUGGAUACGGAGACCACUGUGGAGGUGGCUUGGUGUGAGUUGCAGGACCGAAAACUGUCCAAGACUGAGCGGCAGCGCUUUAAGGAGGAAGCAGGAAUGUUAAAGGGACUUCAACAUCCCAACAUUGUCCGCUUUUACGACUCCUGGGAGGGACCUUCCAAGGGCAAGAAGUGUAUUGUUCUGGUUACGGAGCUCAUGACUUCUGGAACACUCAAAACGUAUCUGAAGAGGUUCAAGGUGAUGAAGAUUAAAGUGCUCCGGAGCUGGUGUCGGCAGAUUCUCAAGGGGCUCCACUUCCUCCACACACGGGCACCUCCAAUCAUUCACCGCGACCUGAAGUGCGACAACAUUUUCAUCACGGGCCCAACGGGAUCCGUAAAGAUUGGCGACCUUGGGCUGGCCACAUUAAAGCGUGCAUCCUUUGCCAAGAGUGUUAUAGGUACCCCUGAGUUCAUGGCGCCUGAGAUGUAUGAGGAGAAGUACGACGAGUCAGUGGAUGUGUAUGCCUUUGGAAUGUGCAUGCUGGAGAUGGCCACCUCAGAGUACCCUUACUCAGAGUGCCAGAAUGCUGCACAGAUCUACCGCAGAGUGACCAGCGGGGUGAAGCCGGGUAGCUUUGACAAGGUGGCUAUUCCCGAGGUGAAGGAGAUCAUCGAGGGAUGUAUUCGUCAGAACAAGGAUGAGAGGUACUCGAUCAAGGACCUUCUGAACCACGCCUUCUUCCAAGAGGACACAGGUGUGCGCGUGGAAUUGGCUGAAGAGGAUGACGGAGAGAUGGAAGCGAUUAAGUUGUGGCUGAGAAUUGAGGACAUCAAGAAGCUAAAAGGAAAGUACAAAGACAACGAAGCGAUAGAAUUUUCAUUCGACCUCAACAAGGACGUCCCGGAUGACGUGGCUCAGGAAAUGGUUGACUCUGGGUAUGUUUGCGAUGGUGACCACAAGACUAUUGCCAAGGCCAUCAAGGACAGAGUGUCCCUCAUCAGUCGCAAGAGAGCACAACGACAGCAAGUCAGAGAAGAUCAGGAGAAGAGAAUAAUUGAAGAAGAACAACAGGGUCCGAUACAACCGGCACCGCAACCAAGCCACCCACCCGGCAAAGAGAUUCCUCUGUCCCAAUCGGUGCCACAGCCUGCCACCUAUGUUCCUCCUCCACUAGCCAACCAACACAGCACACCCAUGUCAACUCAGCCAGCGUCUCAGCAGAGCCUUCCAAGCGCUGCCUACAAUACUUCUCAACCGACCCAGCUGACCAGCUUGACGCAAGGCGUCUCUUAUGUCCCCCAGUCGGCUGGGCAAGUCCCAAUUCAGGGUCCGAAUUUGGCUACCAGUCAGCCGGAGUCAGAAGAGCCUGAGGCUGAUCCCCAUCAGCACAGUGGCGGAGUCCCACUCAUGGGCGACAGAGCAUGUGGUUCUGAGGUUCAGCCUGCCCAGCCCGGAAUGUCCUACUGCGCCCCUCCCAGUCAACAGCUUCAGCCCCAAGUGCCGUGCCCUCAGCCCCAAAAUGAGCAAAUGCAGCAGCAGCAGCAUAUGUCAAUGGUUCAACCCCAGAUGCCAGGUGUCCAGACUGAACUCGCUCCCACAGGUCCCAGCAGCCAAUCUGUCCCAGUGGUACCACAGCAAUACGGAGUAUACUACCAACCAUCACUUCCCCCUAAGAUUUCCACCCAGCAGGGGAUAAUACCUGCAUCUUCUCAAUCAUCCCCUCCUCCACCGCAACUGCAACAACAACAACAACAACAGCAGCAGCAGCAGCAGCCAGAGAACAACACAGCCCAUCAAGGCUCCUCUUUACCACAAGCACCGGCUGGAACUCAACCAUUACAGGCCUCUGCCAGUCAGUCAACACCAGCUGAGCAGUCGUCAGUGCCGUCCUCUCUGGUGCCGCCUUCUGUUGAGAGUUGUUUGUCAGAUGCAGCGUCAGGUCUGAGUGAUGGUAACGAGGGCACAACAUCAGGAGGCCGCCACGAAGGCCGCUCGCUUAAGCGAUACCAGCGGCGGUCCGUCCGUAGCCGCUCUCGGCAUGACAAGGGUGCCAAGGCCAAACUGAAUGUUCUCAGUAUCUCAAAUGCUGGAGACAGAGUGGCAGAGUGCCAGCUGGAAACGCACAACAGGAAGAUGGUGACUUUCAGAUUUGAUCUGGAUGGUGAUAAUCCGGAAGAGAUUGCACAGAUAAUGGUUGAGAGUGAGUUCAUCCUGGAAAGUGAGCGAGAAUCCUUCAUUGAGCAGGUCCGCGAAGUCAUUGAAAUGGCGGAUGAGAAAGGAGAGGGCAUGAAGGAAGCCUUUCCUCAGAUGAGUGAGCUUCAACAGCAACCAGAGCUUUCAGUUCCCAUGCUGCCUGGAAUCUCGCCAAGCACUACGGCGCAAGUGGUGCAUUCAGCAGGACGACGGUUCAUUGUCAGCCCAGUACCGGAGUCACGUCUGAAAGAGCAGUUUUUGGUCGGUGAUGAGCCAGCUCCAGGGCCAACUAUGACAUCAGGCCUUUCGCUGUCCGCACCAUCUGGGAUUCUGCAGCAGGCUUUCAGCAAAAUGAGGCAGGAUCACGCAGAGCCAAGCAGCAUGAUUGACCCUACGAGUGUCGAUCAGGAAGCUGUCACGGGCCCGUCCGCUGACGCUCAGAGUGUCCUCGCGCCUCCUGAAGCUGUACCUUCAACCACAAGUUCUGGUUUCCCCACAGUUGGGCUCGUAUCCACUGCAACCACUCAGCCCCACCCCCCGAACGGAAGAGUUUCUCCUCCAGUUGUAUCUACCCAGUCCCAAACUCCUGCUCCCAUCAUAAGUGAUCCCAUGCCACUGACCCAGGCGUCCCAUGAAACAGGUCCCUCGCAGAUGGCGCCCGCAGUCACUGUCCCUUCCUCCUCUUCCUCCAUUUCUGCACCAGCGAUGCAGACAUCCGUCCCCGCGGCACCCACUCCCCAACUGAGUGCUAAUACAGGCGCUUUACCAGCUGCUGAGCCACUACCUUUUAACAAUACCGGUGCAUCUUCUCAACCCAUGACUUCAUCCCCACAAACGUCUCAGCACACCGCCUCUCAGGGUCAGUCAGUAGCCAGUCAGAACCAAGCUCAACCAGUCGAGAGUGAAGGCGCCGAGGUUCAGAGCAAAGCAGCGGGUAGAGAUGACAUCCACGCCCUUGACAAGAAGCUGCGAUCCCUUUUUAAAGACCAGAGUACAAGUUCCUCAAGCGCAUCAGUGGAUCCCAGUCAGAAUACUGGGACUUCCUCCCCUCCCACCGGAACAUCCUCCCCUCCACCUGGUGCCGCUCUGGUGCCUCCCUCAAAUCUUCCUCUCACUUCUGGGGUACAGGGUGUCACUUCACUGUCUACAACCACUCCAGGACAGGGUUUACCGCCCGCUGGACACGCCCAAACCCCUCCGUCUAAGCCCAGGGCACAGACUUUACCUACUGGUUUUGACCAAGCUGCUACUCUGCCCUCCGACACUUUACCGCCAUUCCCUGGACCAAAUCAGUCCCAGCAGCAGCCUCUGGGUAAUUUGGAUGCCCAGCUGAGGAGAGCUUUGAGCCCAGAGACUGUCCAGGGGGCCAACAUAGUCCAGCCUCCCACAUCAGGUUUAACUGUCGGUCGUUUCCAAGUAUCUAUUGCUCCUGAGGGUGCGUCCAUUGGUUUACCAGAUCCUUCCAGUGCUGUUUCCUCCUCCUCCCUCACGCCUUCUUCUACCUCCACGUCCUCUUCGUCCUCAUCUUCCUCUCCGCCUUCAAGCCCCGAGAACACCCUCCACCGCUCGUCCACGCUGUCCACAGCGAUGUGCGAAACAGACCAUAAUGCUGGAGACACGUCGGCCCCUCUCCCUUCUGCUAGCCAACCCCCCACUGUAGCAAUAGGGCGCUUUCAGGUUUCCACCACCACCGAUGCCAGUUCGGAACAAACGGCAUCCUCCAAAGUGGGCUGCUUUUCAGUCUCAGUGACAUCUGCGACAGAUUCCAGCCUAUCACACAGUCCCAGUGUCCAAAACGGACCGUCCACUUCGGACCCACAUAAAACACAAACACCUUACAGCAGCGACAACGAUGACGAUUCCGGAACGGAGGAUGAAGCGUUGCAGAAAGAAGUUAGUCGUCUGAGAGAACGACACAUGCUGGAGGUCCAAGCCCUACAAACCCGCCAGAAAGAGGAAAUCGAGGCCCUCUUCACCCGCUUGGGGAAAACGGCGCCACCUUCUGUGCUAUCUCCGGCCGUAGCCAUGGCCGGAGGUCGACGCAGGCUCAAGAGCAAAAGCCACAAAUCUCCUCGCAGCAGUGGACACCCAAGCCCUGUAUUCUCUGGAUCUUCAGCCUCAGCUAACAGCGCUCCCGGCUCAGAGUCUCUCCCAAGACAAAGUCCACCUUUGGCUGGCAAAGGCCCCCAAACAGCAGUGGUAAAGCCUUUACAAGAGCUCAGAUCCUCUCCAUCCUUGCCAAGUCUCAGCAGUUCCGCCGCAGGUACAAGUGGGACCACCUCCACUAAUGGCUCUGGUCCCUACCAGAACCACUCUCUUUCUCUGACCCAUGCGAGCGGGCCGGCUCCUGCUGCUGCUGCCGCCGCCGCCACCACCAACACACAGAAGUGCAAGGGUACCUUCACCGAGGACCUGCACCAGCUGGUGGAUACCUGGGCCAAAGACAUCAGUCUUUCGCAGGGCAAGAGGACUCCUAAAACUGGAGCACAGAUCGCUCAGGGACAUGAUGUCAUCCCUCCUGCCAACAUGGGCCGUAAGUUCUCAGCUCCCGGCUACCUCUGCCCGACCAUCCCGGCGCCGACCGGCAACACCGCCGGCCCCCCCGCCAAUCCCUCCGUCCCCCUGGGCCCCCGGAAGGGCUCCCUGGGCCCGGUCGGCCAAGGCUUCGGGUACACCUCGCCGCCGUACAGCGCUCCUCAGUGGGCAGGACCCACGGGCAACUGCCAGGGAGGCAUGCUCAAUCCCGCCCAGUACCAAGCGCCCUUGACCGCCCCGGUGUCCAUGCACCAAAGCUACCACAUGGGGACCUCCGCCUCACCCAGCCAGAAACCAGUCAGCCAGGGGGGACCCAAUUUACGGCCGACGUAG